AUGAACGACUCGCACAUGGAGGCCAAGCGCCUUCAGGAGGCCGCGUUCAACACCCUCCAUGCCAUCCUCGACACCACCGGCUCAUCGGAGACCAUCAACGCUUCGAUGGAGCAAUACAACCACUUCUUCUGCGUCGUGGAGAACAUUCUGGGGCACGGCAUGAAGCACGACAAGAAGUCCUUCUGGGCGUCGAAGCCGGAGCCGCGGGACUUCUUUGAUCUCCUGGAGUGCCUCCCCAAGGUGUGGUCGCAAGGGAAAAAGGUGAUGGACGUGGUAAACAACUUCCCCACGGCAAAGACCAGCAAGGGCAAGGGCCGGCUCUGGCUUCGCAUAGCGCUGAAGGAAAAGAAUCUGAAGACACUUCUCACAAAACUGACCCAAGACCAGAGCCUGCUUCGCAAGUUCUAUGAGGACGAUGCUCUCUUGCGUAAUAACGACCAGCUGGAGAUGUUUCUGGGCAUCCUCUCGCCUCUCGAGGUCCUCAACGUGCCCGUAACCUUCCGGUGCGGACUUGGACUUUGA